AUGGCACCAUCUCCCCCUCCUUCUCCUCCCCCUCUUCAGGACGAAGCGGCUUCCGCACUAGAAAUGGGUAACCCAUCACCCAUGAUAACCACCCCUCCAUGCCCUUCGCUUCCUCCUCCUUCGUCCCGUCGUCGACAGCAGGAACGUGAAGUCAUCCUGGCUUUUGACGCCCAAUCACUAAGGAGACACGAAGCGUGGUUCCUCAUUGAAACCGCGUGGUUUGCUGCAUGGACAACGUACGCCUUUGACUCGACAGCUACAGCCGAGCGACCCGGGGCGAUCGAAAACACGUCGCUCUUUAACCGGGAUGACCACCGGGUCCAGCCGAACCUUCAACCGACAAUUGACUAUCGAGGGGUGACACCUCAAGUCUAUGCGCUCUUUGCUGAAUUGUACGGCACUAAUAACGUCCCUCCCAUUGUCAGGUAUACACUUGAUCUAUACGCACCCCCCGUGAUGAUUGACGACGUCGUUGCUAUGCUCCAUGUCCCAAAAGUCCGUGCUCGAGCAGUCGUGACAGCUGAAGUGACGGCUGAGUGGCCGGAAUCGGGUGAGACCCCUCUGCUCGAAAAGCUGAGGAGAGAUCGAAGUUUGGACGACGAAACGUGGACGUAUCGAUGCUGUUGUCGCUGCACGUAUCUCGUCCCGUGUUUGGAUCGGGUACUUGGAGGAGGACCAACUUAUGAAGAGGAGACAGAUGUGCGAUGGAGUGACUAUCUCUGCGGUCGAUCUAGAAGUAAACGACAGAGCAAGAAGAGUCGAAAGGGAACGACUGGGACGGAGGAGUCGAGUGAGGAAGAGGCUAGUGACGAAGAGACGAGUGGGUUGUUGGCUUGA